GCGUAUGUGGCUGGUGCACACAGGGUGAGCUGCAGUUUUCCUCAAAUUCAGGACUCUAGUUUCCGUAUCAGUGACACAAGUUGUUUAGAAACAACAGCAUUGAGAUGUUCUCUACCGUCGGUGAAAAACUAUCAUAUUCUGCAAAAAGCAUGACCACAUUCAAUCAAGCAAGCAUCAUCCUCCUUCUAAUGUGUGUCGAACGGUGCAUUGCUCAAGAAUGCAGUAAGAAUAAACACCUAGUUGACUGCCCAAGUGGUGGGCACGUCCCUGGAGGCUUGUGUCCUGGAAUGAAGUCACCGGCAUGCGGGAGAAAAAAGACAGUGUGCGCAUGCAUGAGCGGAUAUUUCCAUAGGUGGGACGGCCACUGCGUCCACUACAGAGACUGCGUCUUCAGGACCUUCGAGCCCGGCAAAUUGCUUAAUCAGAAGGAAGACCUCAUCAUGGUGGGCUUGUCCACCUCAAUAUUUGAGAAGGGCACUUUAAAAUGCUUUGUGUCUACCCUGGCUAAGCCUAUUAAGCACGAGUUCCACCGUCUGGUGAAGUACAAAGAAGUAGGGAGUAACUUGCUGAAAAAGAAACUUGACCUACGGUUCUACACCUCGAAACACUAUGGCGAAAAGCUGCUAGUCAAAGAUGCAUGGGCCUCACUGCCAUACGGAAUGCAGCGUUUUUCAUCUUUGCACGCCAACGAGGACUGCAUGAUUCUGGGAAAGAUGCCUCCAUAUGGAACCGACAUCAACCAAGUGAGCCAAGUGUGCGCAUCACACGUACCCAUUCGGAAAAAACGGAAUGCACCUACUGGGUUCGCGAAAGUGAUGUCGGAAAUCGCAAGUGGACUUGUGACUUCAUAUUCGAUGAAUUUUGUAAGUCACAAGCGAUUGUAGUAAAUAAAACGAACAUAUACACUUGCAAAUAAACGCACGACAA